GCGAAAUUUGAAAUGAGGAAACAGUUCGUCAGUGCAGUUUUUCUCACUUUGACUAAACAACACUAAAAUAAACAAGUAUAAUCGUCCGACUCUAAUAGACAAGCAGUGCCUCCAUUUGUUUUCCUGGCUGUUGAAGAUGGCAUCGUUUACUCACAGUGAUUUCGUCUCACUGGCUGAGGAGAAAUUUGACUUCGACGUCACGCUUUCACCAUCAAGCGUCAAAGGAGAUGAAGACAACGUUGAGGACGAGGUCUUCUUAGGUCCAGUCAGUCACAAAGAGAAAUGCAUUUCCCACGGAGUAGAGGACCACGUGAAAGACCCUUUAAGCAGUGGCCAAUCUCUGGGAGAAGAGCCCAGCUGGAGUCCGCUCACAGGGGAGAAGUUUGAAGAAAUCUGCAAAGAAGCGCUUCUGCUCGCCAGCCACCUGGAACAAACCAUCACCGACUCUGUAGUUGAGAACAGUGUGGUUUCCUCUUCCCAAGCUGAGGACACUGAAACCUUCGAGGAGGACUCGACGACCAAAGUGAGCUUGUUCAGCAAGCCAUCUUAUGUUCUCAGUCCCAUCAAACGAGAGACCUUUCUGGUUCAGGGCAGCCCCAUGAAACAGCUACCGCCUGCUUUUCAGAAGCGCAUGCUGAAAGCCGGCGGCCCAGCUGGGUUUGGAAAGCUGCGUCUCAGUACCUCAAGUCCGGUCAGGCCUGCUGUGACGCAGUCUAAGAUGAGUAGUCGAAACAAAGCACUUGUGGCCAGUAAUGGGGUGUUACCAAGCAAACCCAUGGCCCAGAGCAGUUCACGACUUUCUUCUAGUACAAGACUACCAUCGGCGACCAAAACCAGACUUCCUCCUCCAAGCAAAGGUAAUUUUGGGCUGAAACGCAGCCCUGUCUGUAGAAACACAAGCAGAGCAGGGUCUUCUGAAGAUCUUCUCUCUGAUACCACCAGUGUUGCUUCUGAUGUCAGUGAUUCCUCUUUUAACACUAGUUUGCCAGGAAAAAGUAGCAUUCCAACUCGGACCAAGACAGAAUUGCGAGCGCCAUCUGGGCUUAAAGCUCCUUCAAUUCAGAACUCCAGAGUUGUGGACCGGAGGAGAAACACAUCAUCAUCUUCCUCAUCUGUGUCCAGCAUUAAUUCUAGUCUAACCGUCUCUCCAGGAGGCAAAGCCCAACUCAAUUCAUCUUUGAACUCCAGUGUCAACAGCAUCAAUGGCCGUUCUCACAGCCGUGUGAGCAGAUUGCCAAGUUCUGGACGCAAAUCUUCUGUCGUUACCAGAAACCCAGAGCCUCCCGUCAGUAGGCGAGCCUCCAUCUCCACACAAGGAAGAAGGGGCUCAGAACUCCUCCCCGGACCUGUCAAAGCCACACCUAUUAAAAAAGCCGAUCCAGUGCCACCUCCUCAGCUCCAGACACCUGCAAAGGUUACAUUGGAAAAGACGACUUCCACUGCAUCCGCUGCUAAACUUGGAAAUGCUCUUAGGGGUAACCACAAACUCAAGGCCCCAGUGGUACCAACACCCAUAAACUACCUGAAGGGUGUCCGCAGAUCAGCGGUUUCCUCCUCACCUGAUGUUCCACGUGUCAUGAAGCCCAAAAAAUUAUUGUCUGACUGCAGUUUGGAGAGUGUUCCUGAUAAUCUAUCCGUUCCUGCUCCCGUGGGACUCCAGACGCCUUCGGCUGUGGGCAGUAAACUGCGGAGACCCUCCGCUCUUCCUACCCCAGUAAACCGCCGUAUAUCUGGUAUCCCCGCUCUUACCCCUCAAAGUGUGUCUCGCCUCACCAAACCUACCAAGAACACAUUGCUCCCAUCAGCCUUGGGCCAAAGGGCCACUCAUCUAAGUCCAAGUAACAUGAAGAAGAGUGAGAAUCAAGACGAUAAGGAAGCCCCAGAGUCCGCUGAGGAGAUGUGCCCUCCGGCUGAUCUGCAACCCUGUUCUCUGCUGUUCAGUUUGGAGGAUGAGACUGAGGAACCUCCUGCCUGUGAGCCAGCAGUUGUGGAGAAUUCCUCUGAACCUUCCUUGCGUGAUCCUGAACCUUCCUCUUGUGAUCCGGAGCCUUCCUCGUGUGACCCAGAACCUCCUCAGAUCAGGAUGGAUUCCCAAACACUUCCACACACCAAGGAAAUCAAAGAUGACCACCAGCGGAUGACAGAGAAACAGGAUCUUAAAGAGGACUUGCUCGUAGAUGCUCCUGCACCAGUACUUGGACCAAAAGAGAAGCUGCUAAUUGAUCUCUCGAAUACCCCAGACCUGCUCAAAACUUCCACAACAAAGCCCUGGGGAGGGCAGUUAAUUGACCUGAGCUCACCUCUUAUCAAGUGGAGUCCAGAAGACAAGGAAAAUACGGAGAAUGAAUCUCCUCUGAUUGACUUUUCUGAAUUGUCAUUUUAAAGGCCCUGCAGAAUGACUGUGAGCUGUGAUAUUAAAAAAUAAAACUGGAUCAUUUCACAUACUGAUGAAAUUAUUUAAAGUGAGACAGCAAAUGCUACUGUGCUUUAGCCUUUAUUGUCAUGUUUUUAUGUGUUGUCAGUCCUAAUGUGAUUGUAUUAAUUAUGGUUCUCUGCAUAGUUUUAGAAUUUAU